AUGCAAAGAAAGAAAUUAGCUUCUAAAUUUUCAUUAAAAAAAAAACCAACUGAAACUACUACACCAAAAGUAGUAGAAGAAUCUGUAAAUAAUACUGAAGUAAUUGAAGAAAAAAUUAUAAUAACAAAACCAAUUUUAAAAAAGACUAAAGUUGAAAAAGAAGAAAAGAAAAAAGUCAUUUUCGAAACCAGUAAAAAUCAAACCCAAUUAUUUAAUAAAACAUUAAAGAUUUCAGAUAAACCAUUAGUUAUGCCAAAAGUUAUCAGUUGUGGUACUACCACCAACACAGCCACUACAUCAGAUACAGUCCCAAAAAAGUCAUUAACCUCUACAACUAAAUCAAAUAAAGCAACUGUUAAAAAAUCAGUUACAGAUAAAAAACCAAAAAAAUCAAAUAAAAAAGUUGUAGAGGAACCAAUUCAACAAAUAGAAGAGGAAGUUAAUGAUAUGGUUGAACAAGAGCAAACCAUUGAAGAGCCAGAACAAGAACAAGAACAAGAGCCAGAACAAGAACCAGAACAAGAACAAGAACCAGAGCAAAAACAAAAACCAGAACCAAAAAAUAAAAAUAAUAUUAAAAAUAUUAAAGAACAGCUUGUAGAUAAUAAAAAUAAAAAAUUAAAAAAACAAAAAGAAAUUGAUAGUUCAGAUAGUUCAGAUAGUGAUUCAGAAAUUAAAAAUAAAAAAGUUAAGGAUAGUACAAUUAGCGGAUUUAAUAUUCUACCAAUCACAAUCGAAAACUCAGUAUUUAAAAAAUAUCUAUAUAUUAAAAAAGAAACAUCAAAGAAAUGGCCAUCCAACAAGACAUUAUUUGUAACCAAUUUACCAAGUAAUUGUAAAACACUCGAUGAUAUUAAAAAGUUAUUUAAAUAUGAUUAUAUCGAAUCAGUUCACUUUGGACAACCAAAACCAAAAGAAGAGCAACCACAACAAUAUUAUGAUGAUGAAGAGGAAGCUGUAGAAAAGAUUGACGAAACAACAUUACAUGUAGCUCACAUCGUUAUGAACGAUCAAGAUUCACUCCAAUUGUUCUUAAAGAAAUCACACACACUUUUAAUUCAACAACCAGCAAUCAAUGGCAAUGGUUUCGAUUCAAUGACAAAUCAAUACAAUUCAAAUGUUAUCACCGACUAUGAUUUAUUACAGGAGAAAUUAGAUAGUAUAAUGAUGGAUUACGAUAGAAGAGCUUUAGAAACUAAAAAGAGAUCAAAACAAAGACAAGUCCCAGAUGCCGAUGGUUUUGUUACUGUUGGUCCAUCAAGUGCAAAGAUUAUGACAGCUGAAGAGGUUAAAGCUUUAAUAGCCAAAAAAGAGAAAAAGAACUUUUAUGCCUUCCAACAUAGACAACAAAAGAAAGAUGAAUUGGAAACCCUCAGAAAGAAAUUCGAAGAAGAUAAACAAAAAAUCGCCAAAAUUACAGCCGCUAGAAAAUUCAAACCAUAUUAA